CAAUGGCCACGCUGCAUGAGUCACGGGGGUUGGAGCUCUAACAGCAGCCGAUUUGAUCCACCUUAUUUCCGGGCUCUCAGUAGAUAUUCUCCGCCCCUCUUUGUGCUGUUGGACAUGGCUGGAUCCUGUGUGAGCGACGGCGCUGCGGAGCGCAUCGGUUGCAUCACCCGGGUGCAGAGCUUCAGCGCCUGCCACCGACUCCACAGCAUUCACUUGAGCGAUGAGGAGAAUAAAAGAGUCUAUGGAAAAUGCAACAAUCCCAACGGCCAUGGACACAACUACAAAGUGGAGGUAACAGUGCGUGGAAAAGUGAGUAUCUAUCAGAUCGAUCGUCUCACUGGUAUGGUUAUGAACCUGACAGACUUGAAGAAGUGCAUCGAGGAAGUCAUCAUGGUUCCACUGGACCAUAAAAACCUGGAUAAGGACGUCCCAUACUUUGCCAGUGUUGUCAGCACAACUGAGAACGUGGCUGUUUACAUAUGGGACAACAUGGUGAAGGCCCUCCCACCCAACCUGCUCUAUGAGAUUAAGAUUUAUGAGACAGAAAAGAAUGUUGUCAUAUAUCGAGGAGAGUAGAACAUGUACAAGUGCCAUUUAUUGCUGUUUAUUUAACUUCACUAUUUGCCUACUGUGAACUCAGACUCUGGUUAGUUAGACUGAUACAGGUUUAUGAAGAAUAAUAGAUGAUAUUUUCUGGAUCAUAGUGUUUCUCUUGUACUGGUUUAUACCAAAGACUUUGUUGGAAGUCCAGAAGUUCCAUUUUUUUGAAGAAUUCGAAUUCUUGUUAAGGUGUUAACUAGUUGCCUCCCGUAACCACUGUGUGCUUUUAUAUAGAAAAUAAAUGACUAAAUAUAUUUUUUGUGGCAGAAAUAGUUUUUUUUUCUGCUUUCCUGUCCUGUUAAUCAUCUCACCUCUUACCUCUUAAAUUGAUCUAGUGAUACGUGAAGGGGUCCUUACCCUCAGAUUGGGCACCGUCACAGGAUGCCAGACCUAAUGCCAGAAAAAGAAUGACAGACAAAUAUCAUCUCAACUCUGAAAGCAGUCAUCAGAAUUGUGUAUGAAACACAUUUACACUCAGAUCACAGUGGCUCACCAGCAUUGCUGUGAGGUAGACAAAUAGUGACAUCUAGUGGCAGAAAAUCCUACAUCUCUUAACUUGUUGCAUUAAAUGUGGUUGUGUAGCAGUUUUGCCAGCGCUGAUGCUCUGUGAAGAAAUUGUUUCUUACAAUAAACACAAAGGAUGCUUUUUGAAAA